AUGGAUCCAAUUGAUUUAUCCCCUCUGUCAUUCAUUAUUGAUAAUACAUGUUUGACUGGUUUGCUGAAUAUCAUGGUUGGUAAAAAACAUAUCAUGCAAACAGCUUCAUUCCUCUCUGAUUUACAUAAUUCAUUUUCAAUCAAUUCAUCUGUUCCUUGCAAAUCUCAAAUUGAUCGACAUCAUCCUAAAGUUCAUUUAUUUUUUUCUGAUUUAUCCAUUUUACCGAUUAAUGUUGCAGCUAAUAUACGUCAUCUUGAACAAUAUAAUAAACAUCAAUUAAUUAUUAAAGCUGCUUUUAUUUAUUCUGUCGUUCAUUGA